AUAAUAGUUCGAUAUAAAGCCCUCCUGACUGUACGAAUACGGACAGCCCUGCAGUAUGGUAGGCUAAGCAAUAUAACGCUAGAUCGGCUACGUGACUGCACUUAACCUUUCGAAAGACAAAUACUUUUUUAAUUUUAAACUAAUCGCCGUUUAUCCUUUGGUAUGGUAUAUUUCUGGGACGAAUCUAGUUAGAUUCACGACUCACGGAAGGAUGUGCAGGCAUUCUAUUACAGCUCUGCACCAACAGCGCUGCAAGCCUACGUGAUGAACGUGAUGUUCUGGAAUACGGACCUGAACAAUGCAUGAUGGAAGAGGAGGAAGAUCUGGAGGCCCAGCUGGCAUCUAAGGAGAAGGAAUGGAGGGAUCUGCAGGCCCGGUGCAUCCAGCAGUUGGAAAAGGCAUUGGGGGACACCCGCGCAGAACUCUCUGCACAGAAGGAGCGUUUCCAGCAGUUACAGGAAGACUUUCAGUUCAACUUGCGCGUGCUGGACGAGCGGGAUCGGGAGCUGGAGCGCUAUGACGCCAUGGCCGCCCGCCUGCAGACUACCGAGAGCGCCCGGCAAGCAGAGACCAGCGAGCUGCGCAUUCAAAUCAACAAGCUGCAGGAGGCUCUAGCGAAGGAGACCAGGAAGCGGGAGGAGAUACAGAGGCAGUACCAGCAGCGGCUUGCAGAACACAGGCUUCAGUUGGAGAGAGUGCAAAGUGUGAAGGACUGUGACAUUCAGAAGCACAGGGAGGAGUACGAAACGCUGAAACGUGAGCUGGAACGCAAGAUUCAGGAGGUGGCAGGGGAGCUGGCUCUGCAGAAACAGGAGCUGAUGGCUGAUUUCGACAGCGAGAUGAAGCGCAGGGAGCACGAGUUCAACCUGCGGGCCGACGAGAUGAGCAACACCGUGCUGUCCCACGAGCUCAAGGUGAAGCUCCUGAGCAAGGAGCUGGAGGUGCACACGCAGGCCCACAGCCAGGCCGCGGAGGCCCUGCAGGCUUGUGAGGAGCAGUGCCGCGUGGCGCACAAGGACAUCCAGCGCAAAGACUGGGAGGUCAAGGACAUCACCGCCGUCAAGAACGCCCGAAUAAAGGAGCUUGAGGACAAACUAAGUACAAUGGAACUUAACCGUGAAAAAGAAGAGGAAAUAUACAAUAGGAAGCACGAGGAGCUGGACCGCUGUGCGCGGGAGCGCGAGGCGGCCAUCGGGGCUCUGAGGGAGGCCCACAGCGAGGAGCUCCGCCAGGCCGAGUCCCGCGCGCGGGAGCUGCAGGCCGCGCUGGACGCCGCGCUGAUGGAGAGGCGCAGGGCGGAGUGGAGCCACGCCGACGCCCUGCGGGAGAAGGAGGAGCACCUGGAGAAGCUUCGGACGGAGCUGGAGACCACGCGCGCCGGCUGGGACGUGUACAUCGCGCAGGUUUCCAAGGACACCGUCUCCAAGGACGUGGAGCUGCAGACGCUGGGGGAGAGGGAGGCCAGGCUGCGGGCCGAGCUGCAGGGGUGCCAGGAGGACGUGGAGAGGUACAAGCGGCAGGUGGCGGGCGGGGUGCAGCGGGAGCGGGCCCUGGAGCAGGCCCGCGUGCAGGUGGAGCUGGACUGGCAGAGGCGGCUGGAGGACGCGCAGGCGGGGCACUACCUGAAGAGCGAGGAGCUCAUUCAGGGCCUGACCCAGGCCAGGGACCAGGCGAUGGCCGAGCUGCGGGAGAGGGAGCGCGAGCUGCAGGACGCGACGGCCGUGCUGCGCAGCGUGACUCUGGAGAGGGAUCAGGCGCUGCAGAGGGCACCGGGCCCCCCCGCCCGAGACGCUCAGCUGCAGGGCCCGCGUGCGGAAGGCUCCGGAACAUUCCCCUCUGAGGAGAUCCAGCGUCUGCAGCAGCAGAACAGCAGCCUGCGGGCAGCCAUCGCUAACAUGAGGAGGGACAUGGAGAGCCUGAGCGAGCAGCUGGCCACAGCACCGCCUGCAGCACCACCCACUGCGCCGCCCACAGCACCGCCCGCGCAGAAACAGAGCCCUGCAGGCGCUGCGGCUGCUGCAGGCGUUCCAGAGUACUGCCAGGCCCUGCAGGAGGAGGUCGCGGAGCUGAAGGCCCGGUGCCGGCUCCUGCAGAACCAGCUGGAGGAGGCGUCCAAAGCCCCGGUCCCCGCCCCCGGCCCUGCCCCCGCGCUCCCCGUCACCGCCGACAACGCCUACCUCCAAAACCACACCCGCUCCCUGAACGAGACCAUCGGUGGGCUGCGGGCAGAGAAAGUGUCCAACGCAGCCACUCUGAGGAAACAGGAAGUGAGGCUGGCCCACCUGGAGUCUACCCUGGCCCAGCUCACACAGCAGAUUCAUUCAAAGCAGGUGGAGUGCGACGAGCUGCGGUUUGAGCUGGCCAAUCAGAAGAAGCGGGCGGCGGGUGAGGAGGCGGGUCUGAGGCAGAGACUGGCUGCGGUGGAGAUGGAGCUGGAUGAAGUGAGGCGAGAGGCGGAGGAGUACCAGAGAGGCAGCCUGCUGCAGAACCUGGAGGCUGUGGCCCUGGGGAACCAGGUUUCUGCACUGAAGCUGGACAUUGCCAGUGGAAGGGAGCCCAUUGUUGUUGAACAGAGUGCAGCGCUGAGGCAGCUCCAGGAGGAGAACCUGCGCCUGCGGCAGCAGCUGCUGGGGCAGGACUGUGGGGAGAGGAGGGCUAGCGCACCGCUGCUGCGCUCCAAACUCAAACAGGCCGUGCGCUGCAUCGCCCAGCUCACCCAGGACAGGCAGCGGCUCAUCGAGGUGGGCAACCGGCUCCGCUCCCGGCUCACAGAAGCAGGCCUGGACGACGUACAGCAGCCUGGUCCUGUUCAGAGACCCGUCUCAGCCCCUGAGUCUUCUGAUUCUGCAAAAGACCCGACUCAGCUGCAGCCAAGACUCCUAUCUGCUCUGGAGCAGCUGCAGUACAGACUCACGACACAGGCAUUGCAGUACGCUCAGCUAGACCAACAUAAAAAGGCGGCGCGGUCACGUUUCUCCGGGAAAGGGACCAGUGAGUCAGAUAGCUCUAUCAAUCCCUGGGACCAGCACAGCCACACACGUCAGCCGCAUACCAGAGGCAAGAAGGAGAACACGCCCCCUGAGGCUAGCCAAUCACGGGCGGGGGAGCAGAUGGAUCCGGGCCAGGCCUCUGGAAUGGGGCGCCCCUCCAGCCCUUCCCAGGCCCUCAUGUCGUCCGUGGGCACAGACGAGUCCCUGGGGGACAUCUGGCAGAUGCUGGAGCGGGGCUCCGACCUGUCCGCCUUCACGGCCAGGAGCAGCCCUGACAGAGGAGGAGAGAGGGAGCAUGCCAGAGGAACCAAUCAGGGCUCAAGUAACCAAGCCCCAGGGAGUCAGGUGAGAGUGCAGGGCACUAAAAUGGCCGUCCAGGAGAGGAGGAAACCAAUGACGUCACGCGCAGAAUCUGCCAAGAACUCCAGAGCUCAUGGGAAGACUGGCAAGAUACGAAACUAUAAUAUCAAAGACUAACUGAAUGGCACAAGCCAAAUGGAGAGGUUGUUUUUUCCUGUUACCUCAUUUCACAGCUGGGAUUUUUAUACAUUUAAUUACAAAUAACAUGUAUAUGGAAAUCAGUAUUUAUUUAUAUAAGUUGAUAUGUUUAUAUCCUGACUUAUCAGAUGUUUGGAAAAGAAGUACCACACAGACCAUGUAUGCAAUAACCUAAAUAAUCAUGGCCAAUGUAAAAUAUCAGUCUUCUGUAUUCAUUUCAGGGACAACAUUUUGUAAUAUUUCAGUUAAAAGUGACAUUUAUUUAUUAAAUCAUUUAUCAUGCUCACUGCAUCAAAAAUAAAACUGACUUCCAUUUUAAGAGUAUAAAUUA